ACACCAUGUGAAUUUUGAUGAAUGUCUGACAACUUCGACUUGGAUAUCCCCCGACAUGGCGAUUGCAUAUUAUCUGCUUGGACUCGCUGCGAUUGCGCAUAGCACCAACAACAUGAACGAUUCCGUAUGGAUGCCUGGAUCCCCGUGCCCAACAUCGAUCACCACAUACAUCGGCACUUCAGGUGGCGAUUGGUGCGAGAUCGAACCUGAUUGGCCUCCUUGUCGCUUUCCGAACACCACAGUUAUUCACAAUGCCUUAGUCCAUUGCUACGGCGUGAAAACACUGGACAUCGGGUUCGAAGUAGGAGGAUGCACAGGCCCGGAAGUCGAUCGCUGGAACCUACCUAUCAAGCUUUUGGGGGAAGGGCAGAAGUACCCACCGCUCGAGCGCUUAAUUUUGGACGGGUACUCUUUCGGGGGUCUGUGGGAGAGAAAAGAAGAACAGGAAGAGCCUGCAGAUCUGAAGCUUUAUGGCGACGAAUGGGAUGACUACGAAGCGCAUUGGAACCCAAAUGAGUAUAUUGAUGAAAAAAACGCAAGGGUUGAAGAGGAAAGAGCACGCAGUGGGGAAAGUAAGACGAAUCUCGACAUGUGGAUCGAAGCUAUGGACUGGAGUCAGCUGAAGGAAUUAAGCAUCAACACCAGGCGAAGCGAGAUGGCGGAAGCCUCCUCAAAGCUACCACAACUGCUUAUAUCACUGAAAAGCUUAAACUUGACCUCUUUGGCAUUUAUACGUGGCUUGAAAGAGCACACUCUGAAGAAUCUCAAGUGGGUUGGUCGGACAAAGAAAGGGCAGCUCGAACAUAUCCUUCAACUCCAGGGCAAGAGUUUGCGGAGUGUCGAGUACAGAUGCAAUGAGGCCUCAUGCUCAGACUGGCCGCAGCACGUGAACAUAUCCACGAUCGGAGAGCUUGCACCGCAGCUGCAGCACAUCAGCCUCAAUAUGCCGCGCGUCAACGGUACAUGGCCAUUGAAAGAACUCGAAACCUUGGCCAGUAUACCGUCACUCACAUCUAUGGAAUUGUACUUCCGAUUACAGUCUGACUGCGAACUAUACGGGCAGUAUCUCAGUAAUUGUUACAGUUGUGGCAAUGCGUAUCGAGAAUGGAAACAUGAGAACUGGAAGACGGGACAUUGUCAGGGAGAAAAGAGGUACGCAUCGCCAUUGUUGAAUUCCACCACUGUGCAGGAGAUGUUUGCAUACCUACGCUUCAACAAAGUUGGUGCUGAGCUCAAAGAAAUAACGUUCAAGGCUGGUGACUGGGGGGAACUGUACGAUGGGCCACUACGUUUAGAGAGGUUUCUUGACGGCAAGCGAGUAAAGAUAGUCUGCAAAUCAGAUUCUAGAAAUAAUACGUGCGACCAGGAAGAGCAGUAGACCUGAGGAAUCGAAAUUCCAUUAUAGCGGUUCCAAUAAAUCCUUAUGACUUCCGCUAGCUAUAUUAAUGUUACACGUGGAUGAUAU